AACUACUUUUGCGCAAUAUAUCUGUUAUACAAUUACAAUUACAUUGUUGAAAUAGUGUGGUUAACGUAUAUUGCGUAAGCGAUAUAUCAUGAUUGAAAAUGCAGUAUCAUGCUCAUAUAUAUAAAGAGAUUAGACCGAUGCGAAUGUCAGUCGGGCGUCGAAUCUCGACGCGUAACGCUAUCUUCGGGCAUUACCUUUGCUAGUAAUUGCAUAACAAAGUUAUUUGCGAUAAAGUGCGACAAUUGAUUUCAAUUUAUAUUCUGAAUAUACGUAAUAUAUGAAUAGUGAUUUCAUAAAGUAAAAUUUUGUUUUCAAUAUGGUAUACGUAAUCGCUUUGACGCUGAUAGUAGGCGCUCUAGGACUUUAUUAUUAUUUCUUCAAAGAUUUGAAUUCUUUCAAGAAACAUGGUAUACCAUAUAAAACACCACUUCCUAUAUUAGGAAAUAUGGGACCAUCGGUCUUCCGUCGUGAAUCAAUAAUUGAUCUUGUGAAAAAUAUCUACAAUUUAAAUCAUGAAGCCAAGUACGUUGGCUUGUUUGAUAUCGCCGGGCCGCUCGUAGUACUCCGCGAUCGCGAGCUUAUUAAAUCUAUCGCGCUGAAAAAUUUCGACUUAUUCCCGGAGCAUCGCUCUUUUAUAGAGGAGCAUCAAGAUCCACUAUUCGGCAAAAAUCUGUUUGCCCUUAAAGAAGAAAGAUGGCGGCAAGUACGUCCAUUAUUGAGUCCUGCUUUUACAUCUAGCAAGAUGAAAAGUAUGUUCAAACUGAUGUCCGAAUACGGCGCUGAAUUUAGCAAUUAUUUGACACAAUUGCCGGCAGAGAAGAGGAAAGUCAUGGAUAUAAAAGAUACGUUUACGAGGUACACAAAUGAUGUAAUUGCUACAUGCGCUUUUGGUAUUAGUGUUGAUUCUAUGAGAAAUCCAAAGAACGAAUUCUACGUUUACGGCAGAGAGGCGACCAAUUUUGAUCUUGUCGCAUUUAUUAAGAUGUACGUAUAUAGAAGGUUGCCUUGGUUGGCACAAAUAUUUAAAUUAAGAAUUGUUCGUCAACAAAUAGCAAAUUUCUUUCGAGAUCUCGUAGAAACCACCAUAAAAACCAGAGAUGAGAAUGGUAUCGUUCGUCCGGACAUGAUGCAACUGUUGAUGGAAUCUAGAAGUAAAGGUAAGGAGGGCAAAGCAGAAUUAUCUAUCGAAGACAUGGUAUCUCAGGCGUUCAUUUUCUUCUUUGGCGGCUUCGAAAGCACUUCGACAUUAAUGUGUUUCGUUGCGCACGAGCUCGCGGUGAAUCCGGAAAUACAAAAAAAACUUCAACAUGAAAUCGAUCAAGUCUUGGAAGAAUCAAAUGGACAAGCACCAUACGAAAUGGUUAAUAACAUGGAAUAUUUAGAUGCCGUGAUUAGCGAAGCUCUCAGAAGGUAUCCGGUUGCUGCAGCAACGGACAGAGUAUGUGUGAAAGAAUUUGAAUUGCCCCCGACAUUGCCAGGAAUGAAGCCCUUUACUAUAAAAAAAGGAGAAGCUAUAUGGAUACCGAUUUAUGGACUUCAUCAUGAUCCGCAGUACUUUGAAGAUCCAGAAAAGUUCGAUCCUGAACGAUUUCUUGGUGAGCGAAAGAAAGAGACUCUAAACUCUGGAGCUUAUCUUCCUUUUGGACUUGGUCCGAGAAUGUGCAUAGGUAAUAGAUUCGCUUUAAUGGAGACAAAAGUUUUGUUGUUCCAUUUAUUGGCACGUUGCGAUAUAAAAACUUGCGAAAAAACUCAAAUACCACUCAAGAUUGCUAAGGACGGCUUCAAUAUGAGGCCCGAAGGUGGGUUCUGGCUGAAUAUUUUGAUAGUAGGUGCUUUAGGCAUCUAUUACUAUCUUUUUAAAGACUUGAUUUUCAAGAAACAUGGAAUACCGUAUAAGACGCCUCUCCCAUUACUGGGAAACAUGGGAUCGGCGCUCCUUCGCCGGCAAUCAAUAGCUGAUUUCGUGAAAUGGAUCUACAAUUUGUCUCCUGACGCCAAGUACGUCGGCAUGUAUGACAUGACUCAGCCGCUCAUAGUGCUCCGCGAUCCUGAGCUUAUUAAAUCCAUCACGUUGAAAUAUUUCGACAUGUUCAUGGAUCAUCGUAGAUUCAUCGACGAAACGCAAGAUCCAUUUUUUGGCAAGAAUCUCGUCGCUCUUAGAGGAGAUCGGUGGCGAGAAGUGAGAUCUGUACUGAGUCCAGCUUUCACGUCCAGCAAAAUGAAAAAUAUGUUCAAGUUGAUGUCGGACUGCGGCGCCGAUUUUGCCAAUUACUUGUCGCAAUUACCAACGGAGAAAAGGAUGAUGGAGAUGAAAGAUGUUUUUACGAGAUACACGAAUGACGUAAUAGCUACUUGCGCCUUUGGCGUCAGUGUUGAUUCUAUGAGAAACCCGAAGAACGAAUUCUACGUGUACGGCAAGGAGGCGACCGGUUUUAACGGUUUGAUCCUCUUGAAAUUUUAUAUAUUUCGAAGCUUGCCUUGGCUGGCGCGAAUAAUUAAUUUGAAAUUUAUUCCGGAAAAGAUAGCCAAUUUUUUCCGAGAUAUCGUGAAAACCACAAUAAAAACUAGGGACGAGAAAAACAUCGUUCGACCAGACAUGUUACAAUUGAUGAUGGAGAAUAGAGGUAAAGAUGGCAAAGCAGAAUUGAGUAUCGAUGAUAUGGUAGCCCAGGCGUUCAUUUUCUUUUUCGGCGGUUUUGACAGCAGUUCUACGUUAAUGUGCUUUGCCGCUCACGAAAUCGCGAUUAAUCAGGAUAUACAGAAGAAACUUCAAAAUGAGAUCGACGAGGUGUUGGAAAAAACAAAUGGACAAGCACCAUACGAAGCAAUUAAUAGCAUGGAAUAUUUAGAUGCUGUGAUUGACGGCCUCAGAAUGUAUCCGGUUGGUGUGGCAUUGGACAGAGUGUGCUUACAAGAUUUCGAGUUACCACCGACAUUACCGGGGAAGAAACCGUUUAUCAUAAAAAAAGGACAUGGCAUAUGGAUACCGGUUUAUGGGCUUCAUCACGAUCCUCAAUACUUUGAAGAGCGAAAAUUCGAUCCCGAGAGAUUUCUUGGCGAACAAAAGAAACGUAGUCUCAACUGCGGAGCCUAUAUUCCCUUCGGUCUAGGUCCCAGAAUGUGUAUAGGUAACAGAUUCGCGUUGUUGGAAACGAAAGUUCUGCUCUUUCAUUUACUAGCGCGUUGCGAUCUCAAACCUUGCGAGAAGACACCAAUACCGAUGAAGUUUGCUAGAGACGGAUUUAAUUUGAAGGCCGAAGGAGGUUUCUGGCUGAAUAUCUCACCGAGAAAAAAUCUGCAUCGUACUAUUGCAGUUGUGAAUGGCAAUUAUAAAGAGUAUGUGAGAUUAACAAUCAAUGAUCAAGAUGGAGCAAGACCUUUAUCUAUUGACUUUCUGACAAAAGAUAUUUAUGUUGCUAAUAAUGAGGCAAGUAAUGAAGAUAAAGCGAUUGAAUCAUCGACAUCCUUAUCUAGAAAUUUGUGAUAAAUGCUAUAAUAUAAUUUGAGCAAUGCAACAAACACACAGAGUAUUCAGGGGCAUUAUUAGUUAAAUAGAUGCCAUACGUUUGAUAUGAGCUCUGCUAAUAAUGAUUAAAUAUUCAACAUAAUUUUUUUUAUUUUAUAAUCUGUUGUA